UAGAAGGUAAAAUGCACUAGUGCACGCAUUAAUAUUAAUUAAUUCAUAACAAGAUAAUGAAAAAAAAGAGGGGGUUUCUGUCUUCAUCCUUAGCAUAGAAGUAGCACAAAUAAUGUAGAGAUUGAUGACUAGUGCCCGCACAUAGAUAGCAGUUGCCACUGGCCUAACCAUGCAUGAGCAUUUCCAUCAUUAAACCGAUUCUUCAGUUCACAACUAAUAGCUUUGAUAUCAGAGUGAUCAAUCAAUCAAUUCAAUCUCGAUCGAAGCUGGGGUUUUUUUACUGCAACUUGAAGAAGAAGAAGAGGAAGAAUGGAUUCUUACGGUUUUCAUGACGGCAAUAUCUGUAAUUUGCUGGAGAGCAGAUGCUUCGAUGCUCGCCAUGACAUCAAUCACAGUUUGCAAAUGCAUUCAUCAUUGAUACGAAGACUCUCCCUGGAAAAGGAAUUGGAGGGGCAUCAGGGUUGUGUCAACACUAUAGCUUGGAAUUCUACAGGUUCACUCUUGAUUUCUGGAUCAGACGACUCUCAGAUGAAUAUAUGGAGCUAUAAUGGUCGAAAGCUUUUGCAUUCUAUAGAUACUGGGCAUUCCGCAAACAUAUUCUGUACAAAAUUUGUCCCUGAAACUUCUGAUGAGCUUGUGGUCUCUGGAGCUGGAGAUGCAGGAAUUCGGUUGUUUAAUUUGUCUCGCCUAAGCGGGAGAGGUCCAGACAAUAAUGCCUUUGCUCCCUCAGCGGUGUAUCAAUGUCACACUAGAAGAGUAAAAAAAUUAGCUGUUGAAGUUGGAAAUCCCAAUGUGGUUUGGAGUGCAAGUGAAGAUGGAACACUGAGACAGCAUGACUUUCGGGAGGGUGCUUCUUGUCCACCAGCUGCAUCUUCACCUCAAGAGUGUCGUAAUGUUCUACUUGACUUGCGUUGUGGGGCAAAGAAGUCAUUAGCUGAUCCCCCUAAACAGACCCUUGCUUUAAAAUCUUGUGACAUCAGUACCAGCAGGCCUCAUCUGCUCCUAGUUGGUGGGAGUGAUUCCUUUGCUCGUCUAUAUGAUAGAAGGAUGCUGCCCCCUCUGACCUCCUGUUGGAAAAGGAUGCGACCACCUCCUUGUGUUAACUAUUUCUGCCCAAUGCAUCUUUCUGAACGUGGACGUUCAGGCUUGCACCUAACUCAUGUGACAUUUAGUCCUAGUGGAGAUGAGGUUCUACUCAGUUACAGUGGAGAGCAUGUAUACCUCAUGAAUGUAAAUCAUGCUGGAGGGGAUGCUAUGCAAUAUGCUUCAGGAGAUGCUUCAAAACUAAUGACCUUCAAUCCUAUUCUCAAUGGGCUAGAAUUGCUUUACAAAAGCAGUCUUUGUUCCAAAAGCAAUGUUGCUGCCAUGCUUGAGAAGUGUAGGAAGUUGGCUAAAAUUGCAGAAAAAUGCUUAGGGGAGGGUUCAAAUUAUUACGAUGGAAUUGAGGCAUGCAAUGAAGUUUUGGAUCUGCAUGGUUGUGAUAUUGGUCCUGCAAUUAGGCAUGACUGUCUCUGCACACGUGCAGCCUUGUUGCUCAAGAGGAAGUGGAAAAAUGAUGUUCAGAUGGCAAUAAGAGAUUGCUAUUCUGCUUAUAGAAUAGACGGCUCUUCCUUUAGAGCCCUUUAUUAUAUGUCUGAAGCUUUGUCAGAGUUGGGAAAAUAUAAAGAAGCUCUAGAGUUUGCUGUUGCUGCUCAACCUGUGGCCCCAUCCAAUACUGAAAUUGCAGAAUGGGGAGAGAAUCUGAAGAAGAAUCUUGCAGCAGCUGAAGCUGAAAAAACUAAAAAGGCAAAUGAUGGGGCAUUGAGGUCUGAAUUUCGAAGUGGAAGAGCAUUGUCCUUAAGUGAGAUACUUUAUCGCUUAGAAGCUAACAGUGAUGUUUCACAUGAUGGUCCAAGGUCUGAAAGAGAAGAUUCUGACUAUGAUGAGGAAUUGGGGUUGGACUUUGAAACAUCAAUAUCAGGUGAUGAUGGACGUGAUAUUGAACCCAAUACUCUUCAUGGAAGUUUAAAUUUGAGGAUUCAUCGAAGAGGUGAUUCAACUCGAGAAUCAAGUUGUGCAAAUGGCUCCUGCAGAUCACCUUCAUCUUCACAAAAUGACCGGCGGAAUUAUCAGCCAGAGACAGUUAUUGAUAUGAAGCAGAGAUUUGUUGGCCAUUGUAAUGUUGGAACUGACAUAAAACAGGCCAGUUUUCUGGGCCAGAGAGGUGAGUAUGUGGCCAGUGGAAGUGAUGAUGGUAGAUGUUUUAUCUGGGAAAAGCAAACUGGUAGACUAAUAAAAAUGCUUAAUGGAGACGAAGCUGUUGUGAACUGUGUGCAGUGCCAUCCAUUUGAUUGUGUUGUGGCUACAAGUGGUAUUGAUAACACAAUAAAGAUUUGGACUCCGACUGCUUCCAUCCCAUCAAUUGUAGCUGGAGGAUCAACUGGGCCAGAAACUUCUAAUGUGUUGGAAGCCAUGGAAAGCAAUCAACGAAGAUUAAAUCAUAAUCAUGAAGUCUUCUUUUGCAGCCCCUUUUUUCGGAUGCAUGAAUUUGCUGAAGGAACUUUGCACCCUCUUGAGUGUGCACAGAGCUAAUCAUGAUCUGCCUUUAUUGAACAAUGCAGAUGUUAUCUGAUGAAUUAUAAGGUUCUGCAAAAGCUCGGGAAAAAAGAUACAGGCAGCCAAUCACUUCUGGUCGUAGGAAAUUAAUUGAUCAUGUAAAGCCGUUUGAGGUCCCUGAAAAUAAGUAGCAACCCCAAAUAAAGAAUUUCCAUAGUUAUCUUGUAGAGCCUCAAUCACUUUUCUCCUCUCUCUCUCCUUUUUUUUUUUUUUUUUUUGUGUGGGAAAAAAAUGUUGCCUGUUAAUGUAUUUGUUGAAAAAUUUUUCUGUAUAAAUGAGAUUUUCUUCUAAUGUAGAUAUUUUAUUAUAAAUAGCUUGAUUGAAUUAUGGACCUAGUGUUUUACUUGAAUGUCUGGCUCUGCAGUUUUCUUUCCUUAGAAUUUCCCAUAUUGCGCUAUCAUUGCCGUGUGCUAUCUGGUGAUCAGAUGUAACUUGAGAGUAGAGCGCCUUGGGCCUAUUAGCAAAGUGCUUGGAAUUGACAAUAAAAUUAUAAGGAUAUAAUAUUAUUUAAGUGGAAGAGGUUCCUUUUGCUCCUUGAGAUGCAUAAACAUGCCAGCAGUGAAAUGAUAUGUGUGUGGUCUGUUCUUGGCAUUGCUUUAAUUUGUCUUAACAUGAUUGUUAUAGGGUAGUUGAUAUUAUUCUUUGUAAUGGUAGCUUUAGUUUUUGGUGAGAUUCGAUUUCAAAUAUCACUCUCAUAUCACAUUCAAAUAAUACGUUUUGAUUAUUUUAUGUGGUGACUGUUAAAUUGGAACCCUCAUAUUUGACGAGUGCGAUAUUGAUUGGUCUUUUAAAAGAUUUCAAGUGAUUUCUGAUACUCUCAGUAAUGUGCUCUUUCUUUUAGUUGCCAGUUUGCCACAUGAUAGAAAGACAUCUGCUACUUGCCUGAUUUCUAGUUUCUUUGUCUUAGUUCUGAUAUCCCUUUUUUUUUUAAGGCGUAAAAGGAUUAUAUUGGGUGUUUUACAUAAUUGAGAUAAGCCAGAGAGAGUCGACUAUUUUUUUUUUAUUUUUUUAGAAUGGAAAGGAAAUUAUCUGAUAAUGAUUUUUGCGGUUGAAGGCUUGGACUUUUGAGCACUAAUGUCUUUCUAACCCAUCAAAGGGGCAAGGAGGACCUGAGCCAGCUUUAUUAUUUUGAUUUGUUAGCUUCCAAUAAGAAUUCAAAUGGAUUGAGCUUUAUUGUAAAACUUCUUUUUCAUUGAUUGUAGCAUGCGUGUGGGUCUUGCGUCUUCGAAAUAGGGGAAUUUUUUAGUGUGCAAGCAACCAACUUUUAUGGGUUUUUUUUCUUCUUCAGCUCACUUUGACGUCUACGCUUUUGUCCGCCGUUCGACUUUCCCAUGUAAGAAGAAAUUUCCUUAGUGGACUACUGGAAUACGACUUCCUUUUUGCCACGCGUUGUAUGCGUAUGUAAUUAUAUAAAUAUUUUUAAAAAAAAAAAUUUAAUCAUAUUAAGAAUUAAUGUUUAUUUAAUACAAUUUAAUAUUUCAAUCUUGCUAAAACAAGAACGUUCCGUGGAAGGCUAUAAAAAGAAAAAUUAUUCUAAAUCAGGCUAUGAAGCUUGUACAAUACAAAUGUAAUAUUGCAAGGUGGUUGCUUUGAUGCGUCAUUUUCUUUAACAAAUAGUAUCUAUUACUCCAUUUAUAUGUCCCGUAAAUAUAUGAAGAAAGAAAAAUAAGAUUGAUAUGUAUACUCUUCAAAUCAUCUAACUUACCCAUGUCAUUAUAUUUUAUAAAACAAACUUAGCUCAUCUGUCAUUCCGAGAUCUAUCUAUAAUAAAUUUUGUUUCCAAAUUUUCUGCGAGAAAAAAGAAAGGAAAGAGUUUAAUUAUGAGCUAAUAUAAAAAGAAUGUUGUUAUCAACCUCUAAUUAUAUGUUAUAUCUUUUUAGGGAAGAAAAUAAAUGAAGUUAUUAUUAUAUUACUUUUGAAACACGCAACACCUGAAAUCAUAUCCAUAUAUAUAUAUAUAUAUUUAUAUAUUAACGUGUGAAAUAAAAGACCAUCCCUCAUGUUUUCUGGUUUUUUUAUAAAGUUCUGUGCCGUCUGCCCAACCCCUUCACCACUCUAUCUCUCUCUCUCUCUCUCUCUCUCUCUCUCUAUACGAAAGAAAAAAUAUGUGCACAACACCCAAAGAAGCCAUUGCAUCAUCAACUCCAAGCCCUGAAUGCUGCAUGUGUGGAGAUUGUGGCCUUUCUUAUGAGCUUUUCCAGUGCCAGAUUUGUCAAUUCAGAUCUCAGCACAGAUACUGUAGUAAUCUUUAUCCCAAAGCUGAGUCCUACCAAGUCUGCAACUGGUGUCUGAGCCAUGAAACGAAAGAAAAAUCACAGAAUUCUUCGAAUUCAUCAUCCUCAAACAAAAACAGCAGCAAAGAUGAUAGCAGCAAGAACAGCCAGAACAAGAACAAGAACAAGAACAAAGGAGGUGGUCUAAAGAGCCAAAGAGGUAGUCUGCAGUUGCAAGUAAAUAGCCCCAUCAAGAAACAAAGGUCGCCAGAGAGAUCACCAGUGACCCGAAGGAGACUCAUCACAAAUGGUAGAUUAGAAGAAAAGCUCAUUAUUAGAAGGACAAAAUCUGAAGAGAUUUCAAACAAUAUUGGGAUCACAAAGCAAGUUUUUAGAAAUAAGGUGAGAAGGUAUAAGCUUCUUGAUGAGGUUUCAAGCUGAUGUAUGUUAAUUAGUCCAUAAUAUCGCAUAAGAUAAGAAUUGCCAUGGUCUUGUUGAUCUCGUGGUGGAAAUUUUGUUCCCAAAGAUCCAUAGAAAUCUGGGUGCCCUUCAAGCUAUGGUUAAUGGUACCCACUACCCAGCUGAGAUUGGACAUUAAUGGAGGGUCAUCUUCAACUUUUUCAUCUUUUA